AUGUUUACUUGAAGUUACCGUUGUGUGACAAAACGCGUCGGCAGCUUUCGUAUAUAUAUAAUUUGUUAAAAAUGUACAAAUGUAUUUGUACUUCAUAUACUUUAUCGCCAAUAUCGUUCCCUUCAGUAGCUUUAAUGAAUCAAUAAUAUGUCCGUCGAAAAAGAAGAUGACAUGGGGACUAGCAGAUGUCGUAGUCUGAGAGAGGAAUUCCGAUUACAUAAAUUUGGAUUAAGUCAUGAACAUCCUACAUUAUUUAUCAGACCUCAGUGGUUUCCGCCGAAAUUUUACAUUCCGUGGACAAUUGUUUGGGCGUUAUUUUAUUUGAUAAAUCUUGGUUUUGAAGUCUACUAUGAUAUUGAGAUGGGUGCUACAUAUUUUACUCGUGUGACGAACCAUGCUUAUCUAUUGCAAUCUCUGUUUGUCUUAACCGACUGUUUCGUGACGAUAUAUGUCCAUGCUAGACGGCAAGAUAUAAGAGAUGGUGAAACGAAUGGACUAACAUGGUAUAUAAGAAUGCAGUGGGUUCUAUUUAACAUCAGUAACGGAUAUUCUAUACUUGUCAGCAUGAUAUAUUAUGGUUUUCUCGAAGUCGAAUGGCACCAUGGUAGCGUAUACAUACAUCUCAUGAACUCUGUAUAUACCGUGCUUGGUUUACUGUUCUCCGCAAAACCUGUGCAGUUACUACAUGUAUAUCAACCAAUGGUCCCUGCCAUUUUCUACACCUGUUUUUCUAUCAUUUAUCAUAUAUUUGGUGGGGAGAUGAUUUAUCCGAUUUUAGAUUGGGGAAACAAAAGAAACCGGACAAUAUUGCUUGCAGUUGUGUUCAUUUGUGUUGCUAUUCCGAUUAUUCAUUUAAUUUGUUAUCUUUUAUAUAGUUUACGGGUGUUUAUUCAAAGGAAAUGUGCAAGCCGGAACAAAUUUACACCAAAUCAGCCGGACACAAAGAAAGCGUAUGAUUCAUCUGCUUUGUAGGAAGUUCGUGUUAUUGACUUCAAAAAUUUCUAUUCAAAUAUGGUCUGUACUGUAUACAUUAUUUAACUUACACAAAGUAAGGAGAGAAAUCGCCUGUGGGUGGUCAGUUUGGAUUUUCAUUUUUCGAUGCAUUACGUUAAAUGGACUGUUACAAUAGAGCCCGAAAAAGCAAAGACAUAGCAACCUUUCUACAAAUAUGAUUUUACGUCUCUUUCAUUGCACUUAACAAUCAUGCAUCGACUUAGCCCUCGCAGCUUCAUAUCGUGCUUCUCUUGAACUGAACAUUACUAAGCACAGCGAUUCUGAAAAUGUAAUGAAUGACAAUAAUAUUGAAUCAAAUAUCGGUCUCUGCUGAUUAUGACAACCUCUUUGCGCAGGUAAAAAAUGCAAUCUUGCGCAUGACUGAGUGACAGAAUGUAAUAUUAGUAAAUAGGAUUUAUAUUUCAUGAACUAAUCUAUUUUCAUUGUCUGUCUUCUUUCAUAAAUGACUUUAUUGAUAAAUAAUGCAUCUUUAUCGGCGUUCAAGAAGAUUCAUAAGAACAUGUGACAUAAAAUACAAAAUUAUGAACAUGUAACAACCGGAACACAGAAAAAUAUACAUAAAAAUAUGCAUAAAUAAACAGGAGAAUGAGUAACAAAUAUAUUGUACCCGUAAAAAAAUGACUAGAUUCUUAGCAAUAAUUGAAAUAUAUGCUUCAUGAACAAAAGGUCUAGGAGACUAACAAUACAACAUUAUACCUAUUAUUUGACUGUUGUAAUUAUUUCUUUACAAAAUAAAGCAAUAUCUUUUUAAA